AUGAAUUCUAUGCCAAAACCAGAGAGACAUGCUGAAUCAUUGCUUGACAUUUGUCAUGAUACAAACUCUUCUCCAACUGAUAUGAUGACAAUCACUACAAACCAAAAUAUAAUCUUGCAAAGCAUCAGCAGCAGUGAGGAGUUUGACCAAGACGAGGACUGCAGUCAUUCCAUAUUGGCUAGUGAAGAAGGAGAGCCAGGUGGUGAUGGACACGAUUGGCAACCCAGGACAGAAGGUGUUGAGAUUAUUGUUACUUUUCCAAGAGAUGUCAGUCAUCCCCAGGAAAUGAGCCAAGAAGACUUACAAGAAAACAAUCGGAUAACCUCAAUGCAUCAGGAAUGGGCACAAGCACAUUCUGUUUCCCUUCCGAGUGAGACCGAGAUGGUGAGCUCUAGGAUGAAGACGGUGACCACACGGCCUGUACUUCUGCAGAAAGAGGAAACUUCCAAGGAGCUCUGCAAUGUGAACUUGGGCAUUUUGUUGCCCAGACUUUGCUUAGAACCAAACAUCUCCAAGUCUGUAGCCAGAGAAGACAUUCCUCACUUUCUGAAGAGGCAGCAAAGAAAAUCUGAAGAGUUUUCUACCUCUGAUAUGAAGUAUAGUAGGCGAAGAAUUGAGUUCCCUCUGCCACCACUGUCACUUUUGCCCAUGAGAUCUGGUCUCUUUACACUCCCCCCAAAUCACAAGGAUCAAAAAGAGACAGAAGUAAAUAUUCCAAGCCUCAUAUCCUUCAUACCUAAGCUCUCAGAGCCUGUUAGUCGAUCUGAUGAAUUUAGACCAUCAAACAAGCAGAGGGAAGCACCAUUCAAGAUGCUAGUGGAUCAGACUCUCAGGUCCUUUGAUAGCUCUUUUUGGUCUAGAAACAUGUGCUCUUUUUGGAAGGCUCACCAUCAGAGACAACACCCAGAGAUGGAGAAGAAUAGGAAGUCCAAGGAGACAGAAGGAUGUGUCAACAUUGAAAUAUCUCACUUUGAAACAGGACAGUCUUUGGUGUCCUUUGAGAAUUUCAAGGAAGGCAAUUUUCCUACAGAUACGGAAGUAGAUACUGACUGCCGUGGUGAUGAACUGAGAAAAGCAGAAGAGAACUCUCGGUAUCUUUCAUCAGGAAAGAAAGAGGGUUCAGUAGCCAGAAACUAUGAAGAAGAUUUAGAAGUUGGAUAUACCAAACUGAUCAAGUUCCAAGAAGCCCUGCAUUCAGAAAUAACUCUAAGCCAGGAUGUAGAGACUAGAAAUGAUAAAGCUGACACAAAAAGUGCUUCAGCACCUGAAGGCAAAGCAAUUGAGCCAGACCAUGUAUCAGAAGAGAAUAGUGUUCUUAAAGGUUUGUCCACUGUAGUCCCUGAUGGCCCUAUGGAAAAGUUCCCAGAAGAUCAGAGCAGCAUGGAUACAAACAUAAAAAUAUCAACAGCAGAGCCAAUCAAAACAGAAAUGAAUGGGAUGGUGCCUCUUAUUCACAUCACUUUCCCUGGAGAUGGAACUCCCACGGAGCCAGCAAUAACCAAACCAAGCCUCCAAAAAAGAAAGGGAAUCCUUCAUAACAACAGAAGCUUCAACAUACUCCCACACCAAGAAAAUGACAGGCGUAAGGUGAAAACCCAUAGAAGUAAGUUGGAUUCAAAGACCAAGACCAGUAACAGGACACCUCAGAAUUUCAUGAUUUCCAUCGAAGGGUCCAUGAAGCCUUCCAUGCAAAAAACCAGCAUAAAAACUCAAGUUUUUCCUGCAUUGGGGCUGGUGGACCCCAGACCUAAGUUUCAAAGGAGAAUGACGCAGAUAGAAAAGAAGCAGUCCACUUACUGGGCUCUGAAACCUAAAAAGCAAUCAUUCCCUUGCAUCUGUAAAAAUCCAGGAAUAAAAAAGACUUCUGUUCCUCUCUCUGCUCAACCAACAGAGCCAAGGCUAAAUUACUUAGAUCUGAAGUACAGUGACAUGUUCAAAGAAAUCAGUUCAACUGAAAAUGGGCCUGGAAUCUAUGAAAUGUUUGGGACUCCUGUUUAUCGUCACAUACGAGAAGCUGAACAGCAUGAAAACAAAUAUUACCGGGAGAUACACUCAGCUCCAUCGGGCAGAUGUAUCACUAAUAAAUGUCGGUCUGCACAGAGUGAGAGGAGCAGCAGUAGCCGAAUAAGACUUUCUCAGAAAAGACCACAUAUUAAACCCCCAAAGUCUUCGCUUGGCAUCAAACAAAAGCACAGAAGUUUAAUUUCUAAAGAAAAGGGUUGCAAGGCUGUAGGUAGCCACCUACAAGACACCGAAAAUGGUGAUGGUAUUUCAGAACCAGAAUGGCAGAUAAAGCCUUCAGGAAAUGACUUUCUAUCCUCCAAAGAUGAAGUUCAGCCCAUGAACCUGGUUCAGACCCAUGAGCAGACCACUGAACAGAACGAAUUCCUUCCUGUCUCAGACCUGUCCAUUAUUGAAGAAGUCUCUGUGGAAGAGUCUGCCGAUGAAGGAGACAUUUCCAACAAUCACGUUCUUGCCACAAGAGUCAGAGAUCUGCGUGAACUUGAAGAGCUCCAUCACCAGACCCCGCUUGUCCUUUCAGAAAACAGCUGGGUGGUGCCCAGUGAGAAGAGAUCCAACCAUAUGCUGCAAGAAAAGCACAACCCAGCAUCUCUUGGUAAAAUAAAUGCCAACCAAAUUUUAACUAACGACGUAGAGUUUGAAAGUGUUUCAGAUAAGUCUAAAAUACUUGUGAGUUUCUCUUGCCAAGAGAAACAAGAAAGUGCAUCUUCCCAAGUGUAUCAACAUUGGGCACAUUCUUUGGAUCAUGGUCAUUUAGCUAAUAAGUCAAUUAUAUAUCAGACAUUUGGAAAAACAUUAAAUGAUGCAGAUUCAGUUUCCCAAGAGAUUCUAGACUCUGUAAAGAAUGAAGAAUUGACAGAUGAACUAUUAGGUUGUUUAGCUGCAGAACUUCUGGCUCUUGAUGAGAAAGACAACAACUCUUGCCAAAUAAUGGCAGAUGAAACAGAUCCCGAAAACCUAAAUCUUGUCCUCAGUAAGAGAGGAAAUACUAUGCAAGAAUUAGGCGGAGAGACAACAAACAUCAAAAUACAGAGAUAUAGUAAUGGGUUUGGGAUAUAUGACCAGGAGGAGAAAUUUUUCAUCUCACAUGAAAAGAAGACAAUUUCUGAAAAUAGUUUAAAGUAUGAAGAACCUAUCCUGUGGACCAAGGGUGAGAUCCUUGGGAAGGGAGCCUACGGCACAGUAUAUUGUGGUCUUACUAGCCAAGGACAGCUAAUAGCUGUAAAACAAGUGGCUUUGGAUACCUCUGAUAAAUUGGCUACUGAAAAAGAAUACCGGAAACUUCAGGAAGAAGUCGAUUUGCUCAAAGCACUGAAACAUGUCAACAUCGUGGCCUAUUUGGGAACAUGCUUGGAGGAGAACAUUGUAAGCAUUUUCAUGGAGUUUGUUCCUGGUGGCUCAAUCUCUAGUAUUAUAAACCGUUUUGGGCCAUUGCCUGAGAUGGUGUUCUGUAAAUACACGAAACAAAUCCUGCAAGGUGUUGCUUAUCUCCACGAGAACUGUGUGGUACAUCGAGAUAUCAAAGGAAAUAAUGUUAUGCUUAUGCCAACUGGAAUAAUAAAGCUGAUUGACUUUGGCUGUGCCAAGCGUUUGGCCUGGGCUGGCUUAAAUGGCACCCAUAGUGACAUGCUUAAGUCCAUGCACGGGACUCCAUACUGGAUGGCCCCGGAAGUCAUCAAUGAGUCUGGCUAUGGACGGAAGUCAGACAUCUGGAGCACUGGCUGCACUGUGUUUGAGAUGGCCACAGGGAAGCCCCCACUGGCUUCCAUGGAUAGGAUGGCAGCCAUGUUUUACAUUGGUGCACACCAAGGGCUGAUGCCUCCCUUACCAGAACACUUCUCAGAAAAUGCAGCAGAUUUUGUGCGUGUAUGCUUAACCAGGGACCAGCAUGCACGACCUUCCGCUGUCCAGCUCCUGCAGCACUCUUUUUUGAAGACAAGUCACUGAACAGACAUCAAAACUCUUUCCAGCUGCAUUACGGAUACUCCAGUACUGCUUCAUGGUGGAAAUGAUGGUUAAGGGCCCUUGUUUCCCUACUGGAAAAUUGAUGUAACCCAAUUUAACCAGAUCCUGCAGUGUCGCUAACAGAAAGGUUUUAGUUACAGAUAGCCUCCUCGCGCUUCAGGCACGAUUACCCAUGUACAAUAUGAGAAACUCUUCUUAAACAGUAAUGGCAACAACAAAAAACUAUUCCAGUAUUUACAGUUUUGACUAUUCAGGAACUAUGAUCUCUAUUGCUUUAUAUGAUUAUUUCCUUUUAUUUUUGGCCUGCCAAUUUUAAAGCCAUUAGUUUAAAAUAAAUU